AUGGAGGAGGACGAGGGGGCUGCGGGCGGCGCGGAGCAGCGGCACCCCCGCCGGCGGCCCGGGGCCGAGCGCUCACCCAGCCCCAGCCGCCUGGACGUGAGCUCCAGCCGCUUCGACCCUCUGCUGGCGCUGUACUCCGCCGAUACCCCGCUCCCCUUCCCCUCCGCGCCCUGCUUCAACAACCUCGCCGAGUACGAGAGCUUCCAGCGCGGCCUGCUCCGCCAGCGCGGCCGCCGGGGUCCCUCCGCCAGCCGCGGCCCUUCCGCCGGGCGCUCCGCCCGCCGCGGUCCUCCGGCCUCGGACCCCGAGCGCAUCCAGCGCCUCCGCAGCCUGAUGGUGAACGCGGGCCCCGAGCAGGACGCGGCGGGCGGCGGCACGGCAAGGCGCAGGAGGGCGCCGCGUAACGUCCUGACCAGGAUGCCGCUGCAUGAAGGCAGCCCACUGGGGGAGCUCCACCGCUGUGUCCGAGAUGGUGUAAAAAUCAAUGUUCACAUCCGCACUUUCAAGGGGCUCCGUGGAGUCUGCACAGGCUUCUUGGUUGCAUUUGACAAGUUCUGGAAUAUGGCCCUGACAGAUGUGGAUGAGACAUACAGGAAGCCAGUUCUGGGCAAAGCUUUCUAUGCAGAACCUCAGCUCUCACUGACCCGGCUGUUUGACAGACUCAAGCUGCAGGAUGCCUCUGUGAAGAAGGGAGCUGACUCAAAGACUGUAUCAGGGGAGCUAGCCCUGACAAAUGACUCUCAGACGCCGGGAUGGAAAGUUGGAUCGGGACGAGGGAGAGAAGAAGAUGAGCUUGAGAAGCAGAAACGCUUGGGCAGAGGUGGAGAAAAGAAGGUGCCAGGAGAUAGUUUGCAUCUGGCUGUCAGAGGUGAAGCUGAUGUGGGCAGCGGGACUGCUCACACAGGGGGUGCUGCUGCUGGUGGUACCCACACAAGAAGCCAGGCACGGAGGAAAAGGAGGCCCAAAGUGGAUUAUCAACAGGUGUUCACACGUCACAUAAACCAGAUUUUUAUUCGAGGAGAGAACGUCUUGCUUGUCCAUUUAGCUCAUUGACUUGGAUGAGCCUUCGUCACUGUAUUUAUUUGAUAGCAUGAAUUGCUGUGGUAGCUCUCAUUCCUAUUUAGCAUUCUUGUGAAUGUGGUACUGUGACAGGUUUCCCACUGCCGUAACCAGGUAGGGGAAGUAGUUCUAACUGGAGUAUCCUGAGCUUACUGCCAAAGCAGCCUCCUUCAGUCUCUGCUGGGAGUCUCAGGGUGAGGUCAGCAGCACGGUUUUGCUUUGUGAGAUGAGGGAGAUGAGCACAGAGCCCUCUGCUUCUUAAAAAGUAAACAGCUAUGUCAGGAAGGUUGGCUGAGAAUGUUUGUGCAGUCAGAUAUAGGAGCGAACUGUGACUUAUGUUUUUGGAGCUGAAGGUGAGAUCUCCACCCAAAACAAAUCACAAGUGAUAUUUUGCAUGUUCUGAGGAAUCCCUGAUUUCACAUGUUCCAAAACCAACUGUUUAUCUGCCAUUGUUACACGGAUGUUUUCUCUUCCAGAUGUAAUUCUGACAGAUUAAAUAAUGUGUGAAAAGGGAGGAUGACAUGCUACUGAUGGCUCCAUCGUUAGCUCUGCAAUGCUAUGUGCGAUAGAAAACCUCUUGUCUCAGUUGAAGACUGUUCUUUUUCUGUUAAUGAUUGCCAGGAUUUAAUCUUUUUUCAAUGUCAAAGCUUGUGCUCUUAUUUGCAGUGCCAUGCUUUCACCAUGUGUCACCAGCAAGCAGCUAAUGGAGCUGAUGUAGGGACCUCCACAUUUGGGGAAUAUCUCUGAAUGCUGUGGAUGCGUAUGGAAAACUGUGCUUUUCUCUUUCACCCAUUUGGUUCUUGUUGCAAUAGCAGUAUCUGCAAAGAUGCAGUUUUCCUUCUCAGAUGCAAGUGUUCAUGCUGAGCACAUCGUGCUGUAAGUGACUUUAAGUUCCCUCUGUUGAAACUAGAGGUGCUCUGUCUCCAGCUGUUCUCGUGGAGCACAAAUUGUCACAAUUCUUUUCUAUCUGUAUAAAAGUCAAACUCAGCUCAUUGGUCAUUUUAUUUUAGUGUUCUUAAGCUAUGACAGAUCAGGCCAGGCUUCUGCAUAUAUAAACUACUUUCGGAGAGCUAUGUACAAAAGUUUGAGGGUAAGUAAUGCUGUUAAAUUGUCUGUUCUCUUGGAUGGCAGAGGACGCUAGAUUUCCUGCUGCUGUUCCCAUUUUCAUAGCAACUACCUUAUGCUUCACAGCAGCUCUGGUGUGAGGAUGUGAAAUUGCCAGGACAACAGGUGAAACAGCUUUCUAGUGCUUUAUAGCAGGUCUUGUGUUGCAUACUGAGGUCAUAAGUCCUCAGACUGAGCAAGUGUCCUCUUGAAUGACAUGUUUCUAUUGCAACAAAUGCAGCAUAUUGCUUGCUUGUCAUUAGGAGGUGCUUGGGUGAAUUACAGAACUCAUUUAGCAGGAGCUCCUGGGCACACAGAGCAGCUUUGAACCUCUGGGGGAGCCUGAAACUUUUAUGUCAGCAUUUCAGAUUGAGGUGGGGUUGGAUGACUGAUCAGCACAGCCACUGAGAAGCAAAUCUGACUUCAGACUGGGACAAAAGUACCUCAGAUUGAGAAGUACUGUGGAGGCAAAAACCGAUUUCACGGAGUUAAGAAAAAAAGAAUAUUUACUAUUUUUUAUUACACAUAACUUCAGUGCUGUAAUUCCUCCCUACUAUGAGCUCAGCACUGAGCAGAUUUGUCCCUUGGAGGUUCUUGCCUCUCCUUGUGCUGUUGUUUGUGUUGAUGUGGGCCACUGUUCCCUCGUACAAUUUCCUUCUUUCAGGAGUUUUUCUCCUCAGGAUGCUCCUUUCUGACUUUGCUUUCAGAACAUUGUUCAUCUCUUUACCCUUGGUGGCUCUUUCUAAACCUUUCCUGGUUGCCUUUCCUUGCACUUGCCAGCUGAACAGAAUUCUCACAAAUUACUUCAAGCAUAUGAAGCUAGAAACAAGGAACUUCUUUCUGCUCCUGAGUUCUCAGCAACUUCCAUUGCAAAUUACUAUUUUUCUUUAUUUUGUUUUCAGUGGUGUUUCUUUUUUCUCCUCCAAUUUCCGACUGGUUUGUUUCUGUUUCAGCUUUGUGGGCUGACUGUAUCUGCCUCUUCCAUUCACGUGUGCCAGAGGCUGCUGGUUUGACCCUCCCUUUUCUCUCAUACUUGACCACGGGGUGUUGUAUCUCCACUCUCAGGCCUGUGUGUCAGAUCUUCCAUUCAAUUUUUGUGGUUUAUUUUUCUAACCUCAUAUCUGUAUUUCUCUUUGUCUGCCUGUUUCUUUCUUUAAAUCCUUCUCUAUAUCCUUUCUUACACAUUAAAUAAGAUACAGCUGCCUUGAGUGUUCUUUCAACUUCAGUGCCCUCUUUCCAUGCCACUGACACUUUACUUACUUCACUUCACUUUACUUACUUCACUUACUACAACAAGUCUCAGUGUUUCCUUUCAUAAAAGGUUUUUUUCUGGAAUCUUACAGGUGUUUGUUGCUUCACAUCUGUGUGUUUCUGUUUGUAGAUUCUAUGAGAAAUGCUGGUGCUCACACUUGCAUUGGUGCCUUGAUUUUUAUAUUGCUGACCUGUUCUUCCACAGUCAUCAUCUCAGUCCACAAACUUGGUUAAGAUCAAUGCCGUUUUAUUUCUUUUUCCUCUACCUCAUCAUUAAACUGUUCUUCCUCUUUUCUCAUUGCUUUCUUAUCUCUGAACUUGAUCAAUCAAGUUUCUCUUACACUUUAGCUGUAAUGGUUUGUGUGGUGUUCUUCCUUUAUUUCCUAAUUCUUACCCACUCCUCAUUAUUUCCAAGCUGCUUCUUAAAUGCAGGCUCUGCCUUUCUCCUAGUCUUCCUGUUCCCUACUUUUUCUGACAGCGUAUCAUUUUAAGGCCCAUGAUCUAAGUGCUGUUUGAUGAACUUUGUCUCACUCAAACACAGUAUUUGAUUAUGACUUAGCAAGUGAUGCUGUACGUGUUGUCACUUGCAUGUUUAAUACUUCAGAUAAAGUUCCUCUUUAAAUAAAAUUGAAUGCGAUUCCGAAGUGAAGUUUUCUACCUCACUGAAGUAUUCAUGUAAAUUGAACAAACCAAAACCACUUUGUUAUUUUGGUUGCUGUUUCUGGUUGUUUCUUUCUGUGUUUUUACCUUUUCCAGACACAGCACAGAUCUGGGUUCUUCGUUCAGCAGCUGGCACCUCCUGCAUUCCUCUUUUGCUGUAGUGUCACAAAGGUGUGAGCAUAGAUAUCUGAAGUUACUGCGAUAGAGAAUGAGAGCAGGAGCAGCAGGCAGCCCUGAGACACAAAGUAAAGGUCAACAGGUUUUGAGACAAACGUAAAGAUCCCUGGGGGGGGGUCACCUCCUGGUUGCAUUCUGCCUGGUGUUUCUGGGAUGUUUUUCAGCCUGUUGGUAAGCACUGAUUCUGAAAGCCUAUUUAUUGUGAGGUACCAAAUGAUUGCAAGGAGCAGUGUUUAUUGACCUGCCUUUGAAGAAGUGCUGUGAUCACUGGAGAUGAUUUUAGGAUAAUUCCUGAAAUAACAGAUGUGAAACUUGUGCAACGUCGCAGUGCCAGCUGCAGGUAUAUGAUACAGAACAUGUGGCUUAAUGCAAUAGUCUUAGAAUUAAACUGGGCAUCACAGGUACUUCUCAGUGCCACCAUGUGCCUUUCUAUUGCCAGCAUAGUUCAGUAGGGAAUGAAGUCACAUGAGAGCUUUAAGAAGGGCUGUUUUGUUGGUUUUUUUUGAGUGGUGAUAUAAUUCUGAAGUCCUUUUCGCACAGUCUGAGUGAGAUUUUCAUGGCACCACAGGACAAAUCCUUUAUGUGCUGUUGGGAAGUGAGGAAAACAGUGAGAACCAGGCUGAGCACCGCAGUGUCAGCCUGUAGUUGUGAGUAUUGUUCUUUCUUGGGAACCUUUUACUCAGGUGCUUCAUUUUUAUCAAACACUUGGGAAGUACAGGGUGGAAACAGAAUGGAUAAGGGCAGCUUUAGAAAGGAACUUCGAGAAAGCACAGCUUUUAGUCCCUCACCUGACUAGUCUGGCUUGCUCAUUGCCUGAAAGUUUUUCUGAUCUAGAGUCAGGUGCUGGCAUGAUGUUACUGAAAUAGGCAGCACAUGGUGGUUUUUGAUUGCUUUUCUCCUUCAGCUGCUGGAUUGUUUGUUUCUGAUGCAGCUUUGCCCUGGGCACUGUUUGGAAGCAGGUCUCAGCAGGAUGCAGCUGGAGUUGCCCAUCAAUUGCAGUGGAUGAAGAAGUUCUCAAGAAAAAAAAAAAGGCAGCAGAUAUAAAAGAUGUCUGAUUUUUGUUGAAUUUAGUGCUGUGUCCAACAUGCUGCCCACAGUGCCCUUUCUGUUGCCCAGUGGCGCUGACUGAAAUGAAAUCGGUACAAAGAAUGAUUUCAUCUGAUCUUGAAAGAAAAUGGGAAAACAGAUGGGUCAGCAAACUUAAGUAUCUGAAGAUGUAUAAUUGCAGGUAAACUUUCAGUCUUUGAUUAGACAGAGCAGAACUAUAAGCAGCAGUUUAAACUGAAGGCUGUGUGGCUGGAUACAAUUGCAAGGCGCAGCCCUCAGAGGCAAAGCAGCAGCAGUGGUGCAGUGAUUGCUUCAACCAGGCACACGCUUUCCUGGGAAGCUGUUAUGUGUUUGUGGCUGCCUCAAAGCAUAACUGCAAAAUACUGUGAGUUGAUAGAAAGCUGUUUUCUGCCUGCAUCACAGAGUGUAAAGAAGAAAUGCUAGAUUGUGUAUCUUCUGCAGCCCAGAACUAUUUCAGUUCAUGCUUUCACCUCUUGGCAUUGGCUUAAAAAUUGGAAGCUUGUACUAUAGCAAUUAUAAGACUGCCUGGUUAGUGCUUACUGGAAAUGAUAUUUAAAAAUUAAGAGAUUACAGGAUUUAUGGAAUUACAUGAUACUGACUGAUACAGUGAUUAAAGGUUAUAUUAUUGUGAUUAAGGCAUUACAAACCAGAAAUCUCUUUUCUGAAGUAUACUAUGAAGAUGCAUAAAUGGAAAUGUAUGAAGCCACUGUAGGAACAAGAGAAGAUAAAUAAUCCUUCUCUUCUAGUGCAGGAAGAUGAUCUUCGUAGAGUGAGGUAGUUAUUUCCAAGCUGGUUCUCCCAGCAUUUCCAUGCUUGAUGGGAGAUGGGCAUAAACAGUCCAAAAUCCAAAGUGACUUAGGCACAAUCACAAACAGAGCUCAAAGGGACACGAGUCUGCUUGCCAACUUGAAUAUAAACAAUCUUAACUUCACAGUGAAAGUUUCUAGAAGAGCAGUUCCAGUUUGUAGCAAUCAGGUGUCCACAACGCUGGCAGGGUGCAGCUUUCUUGGUGUUACUGUCUCCCACAAGACUCUGUACAGCGGUUCUCCUAGAGGUGUGCUGUCCUGUGUUACCUUGUGUUUUGCAGACAAAGCAGUGAGUGUGCAGAGGUGAUUCUGUAGUGCAGCCUCCAUUUGUUGAACCGUGCCCCAAGGGUCUCUGCCAGGCUCCAUCCCUUAUAACUGAUCCUGCCUCUAAAAAUGUGCAGAGAAAACCCAGUGGGAGAACAAACAACUAAGGAGAUUUCCUCUUUUGAGGCAGGGCUGGCAGGAGGCUUGGUUUUCCUCGUUAGCUUUCUGGGGGUGCGGGAGGAAGGACUGCUUCAGUAUUCAGGGGAAUAUCAGAGCUGGCUUGUCUCAUGAUGUUUACACGUCCUUUCAGAUGUCACUGUAAGUGCUCCUGCUCUUAGCUGGGAGAAGUGGAGGCCUGUCAGGGAAGGAAAAUGGUUUCUGAUGUUCCUGGAUAACUGUUUUAUUAGCUGCUACCUUCACAGUGUACACUUGGAUGACUUAGCUGAAGAAAAUUAGUACACCUGAGACUUUCAGUCAGUCUUGUAUUCGUUUAGAAUGAAAAGUAGUUUGAUCAGUUUGUGUAAAAACAUAUCCAUCUUUUUUUUCCUCUCAAAAGAUCAGUGCUCUCUCUCAGGCAAGAAAUGAAAGCUGCUCCUGCUCCUUUAGUGAUUGCUUCUGAUUUGCACUGCUUCAGAGCAAAGUGCAGCUGUGUCAUUGUACCUUCUGCCUGACAGAUCAUCCUGAGAUGAGAAAAUGAGAGCAGUGCUCCAUUUCUUUAACACUAAAAUGGGCAUUAUGAGAGGAGCAGUUGUAUUGACCUCUUUCCAAAUGGUGCAUGCAUCCAAUAUAGCUGCAUGGACUGGGACUUGCAACCAAUUAGUCAGUUACAAAGCUUCCCCAGUGAAACACAAAGGGGCAGCACGACCUACCAGACCCAUACGGGGUUGGAAGUCAGGUGCUGACAAAUUCCAACCUCACUACUGCCACUCACUCACUGAAUGGCCUUGGCAUGUCACUUUCCUAUAUGCUCCACAGCUAUAACCCGUCUGAGAGCAGUCCUUGCCUGUCUCACCAGUAUCUGGGGGAGCAGUGAGCGCUACACAAGUGCUAAGUAUUGUUAUUAAAACUAUAAUAUGUCAGGUAAUGCAGAUACACAGAUCAUCUGCCCUCUUCAGGCACUCGACUGUUAGUCUUGUGUCUUGGUACACGGGAGGUGUGCCAGACAUCAGGUGUAAUGACGCACUUCAGUCCUGGAACUACCUGUGUUUUCAAGGUGACUUCAAUAUCUGUUUCACACUGCAGUACCAUGUUUGGGUCAAACUGAUAAACAAGGGUGUAACUUGUAUGUAAUUCCUUCUCUGUCUUCCUAUUUUGUUUCUUAGGAAGCUGAUGCUGCUAUGAACAUAUUGAAUAAUACCAAAUUUGCAAUAUUCUGCUUUCAGAUAUAAAUGUUUAUAUUUAAAAGUGCUAAGACUACACUGCAAUAAACAAUAUCCAUUUAA